AUGAGAAACGUGGACGCAUGUUUCCAUGGACAGCAGAUUUUCUAUGGUCGUAAUUUAAAACAACGACCCGAUGUACAAACAACUGGUCUUUGUUAUCCAACGUUAAUGCGGUCAGAGAUCACCCGCAUUAUAAAAAUUGCCCCCCAACUCCAAGACGGCGCCAACGGUGACAGAAUGAACUGGCACAAUGGGAGGAUCACCACCCACUUCAAGGGUGGUAGUGGACGCAGUAGUUUUAUUUCAGCUGAUCAAUGUUAUGCAACGAUGAUGUUCCUUGUAUCAGUUGCUUUGCUGAAGCAUUUGUGCGAGAGCAGCACUGACAUGCAUGUGAUGAUCUUGUGUCGCCCGUUGGCCAUCCUCUUACCGCUCGUCUGUCAACAGCACAGGCCGCUCAUUGAUGCCUUGAUUAGUGCACGUGCCUACAUGCACAAACACGUACAGCUCUCAUUCCUCGCACUGCAUGGCCGAUCAUACGAGAUGGCCGGCGAUGACCGCAACGAGAAGCAAUUCAACGGAAACACUCACAAGCACGAGGAGAUGGUAAAGGAGUCCACAGAAGGCGUCUCCAAAGACACACCUGGAACACAUUCAAGUGAUUCAACUCAAGCAAAAUCUAACUGGAAGAAGGUCACUACUCUCCUGGUCUUACCCUCUCGUUUUAUGGGAGGUGUGAAGAAAGGUGAAUAA